AUGCGUGCCCGGAUCAGAGCUGAUUUGUUUCUUCAAUUGCAACAUUAGAUCCUCUGUAUUGCUCCAUAUGCGACAACUAAUCACUACAAGAGACUUUAGAAAUGGCUACUCCUACUUCUGACACCCCCAAUAAACCGCAGGACUUCGAAGAGACUGUGGGCCACGACCUUGCUUCAACGGAGCCAGCCCAACAUAACGCCACAACCUCAAACUCGGAAUCACUGCCCACUGAGACUGAGUUACCGGAAGAAGACACAGUAGCAUCGGCGUCACGGAAGGGAAAAGAGCCCGAAGACACAUCCGCACCUCCUCUCCCCGACGAAGAACCUCCCCUCCCCGACGAGGAGCCCCCAGCGCAAGAAGAGAAGGAAGACGACGGCUGGGCGCCAGUCUGGGACGCUACAGCGGGGUCGUUCUACUUCUACAACCGCUUCACACAAGCGACACAAUGGGAAAACCCGCGUGUGCCCGACGCGACAGCAGCGCCUGCCGUAGCUCCCGGCGUCGAUGCGCCUGCGCCCAUACCGGAAGAAGCGCCUCCGCGGCCUGCUGCCGGUGGGUAUGACCCUGCGAUCCACGGGGACUACGACGAGACGGCGUGGUAUGCGCAACCUGCUGAGGCGGAUCCCGCAGCCGCAGACGCGAGCGUGGUCGAUCCGACAGCGGCGUACGCGGCUACGGGUGCGUUCAACAGGUUUACAGGCCGCUGGCAGGCCACGGACUUGACGCCCGAGAACUUCAAUGAUGAGAACAAGAGUAAGCGGCAGAUGAACGCGUUCUUUGACGUUGAUGCGGCGGCGAACAGUCACGAUGGGCGGAGUCUGAAGGCGGAGAGGAGCGGGAAGAAGCUCAGUAAGAAUGAGGUGAAGCUGUUUAAGCAGAAGAGGAAGGCCAGGAAAGAGGAGAAAAGGAGGGCGUGGUUGUUGGAUUGAAGGUACAAGGCUGGGAAGGGAAAAAUGGAAUGGGCAGUCGGUUUUUUCAGGGGCGUUGGAUGCAUAGUGCUUCGGCAAUGGUUGGGUUUCUGCUGCGGAGUUUGCACAUGGGGACACUUUCUUGUAAUACCCGAGACGGCCUCGGAUAUAUGGACAUUAGGCUCAACUAAUGCUCAGUGAGAUGAUGGAAGGGCAUAUAUGGCGGUAUCAGAGAGU